AUGAGUAGUGAGAAGAGACGUAAUUACAAUUUGUUGACAGAUACUCUAUAAAUGUAUUCCAAUUCAACUACUAAUAUGAAGAUGAAUUAGAAACAGUCUUUACCUGCAGUUAAAAUUCCUAUUCAAUUAACAAAGUAAUAUAUUUUGAAAAAACAGCAAAGUCAAUCAAAACAAAUUUGCAUAUUAAUAAAUCUCAUAAACAGAUUUUAAGCGGAGAGUUAAAUUUAGUUGACACUUAUUACAAAUAAAAUGUUAGAAUUAUUCAAUUAAUUAUUAAAAGAUAGUUAAAAUAAAAAAUAAAUAUCUGGGCAGAGGAUAUAUAUAAGAAAAACUUGGGAUGUCACCUUUCUAAGGAUAAAUAGAGGUAAGCACCACCUCAAGAAGGAUAAUUCCGAAGGUUGGAGAGCACUAGACGAGAUGUUACUUGGAAAAGAAAGGUGAAUGCUAUUCUUGAGAAUCUCCCAGGGAAAGCAUAAGUAGAAACGAUUCAGAGGGAAUACUCAAAAGAAUUCCGAAUAAUUGGAUGAUAAUUAAAGGUGG